GGUUUGUCGAACACACGGUCGUGAUUAUAAAAAACAAAGCACACGCCGGAGGCUGUAAUGAGGAAGAAUCCAGAAACAAAGAUCGAAUCGAUAAUUUAGGUAUGGGUUGGGUUUGGAGAGACGACGAAGAUGCUUCCAACGCCGGUAGGAACGAUGUCACCAAUCAUCAAACACUCGGAGAUUCCGCCGCCGAAGUGAAUUGCUCCACCUCCACGGUGGUAAGAUCGAAGUGCAAGACGGAGGAGGUGGAGCCUGGAAAGUUCGUCAGGAAGUGCGAUAAAACCGAGGAGAUUCUCCGCCACUGUUUCGGAAAGCCCUCUGAAGUCGUUCAGUCCACCACAGAACACACAGAAGAAGAUGUUACAGACCAGAUGGUGCGUGGAUCUACUCUCCCAAAUCAGUUUGAGGAAAAUCCCCUAAACUUUCCAGGACUCCGCAGCGAUCUAGAAGACAUCGAACGCCAUUUCUUCAGCGGAAUGAAAGGUUUCAUCGAAGCAGCAGAAGAGAUAGGGAGCAGCUUGUUUGAUAUCAUGGGAGACCAUCAUCACUCGACCACCAAGAGAGGGAUACCCAUUGAAGAGCAUCCGAAGAUAGAGGAGCAUCGCAGCAACGACGAAAACGUCACUAAACAGCCAUUCUCCUCAGGAGAAAUUGAUCUCUCAGGCUUGGCCAAGGACGUUUGAGAAAGCGUCUCCUACAUCGUCUUGUUCUUUCCUUGACAUAAUACAAAAAAAAAUCUUUAAUUAUGUAAUGUGACUUUACUAGAAACGUUCUGAUGUUAGAGGCAUCCACGUUUUUGCUUAGUGCUUAUCUUUAAUUCUCUUAUAUUAAUACUGCAUAAUCACUAGGUUUAUGUCUUUUUAAAUCAUACCAAGUACCAACUAAGAAAAACAUUAUUACAAUCA